GUUGUUGUUUUGACAAGUUUGACUGUAUUUCCACCGUUGGUUUGCGUUUGUUUGAUUAACUGUCGCUUGCUUGCAACGUAAAUGGACGCUCAAUCCUACAUGCCCGUUCCUCCGGGUGUCGGAAUGGAGGAGAAUUUCUUUUCUCUGGAUGAUAUUUUACUUUCCCACGAGCGACUGCCAUGUAGGACGGAGAGCGCCUUCCCGAGACUCGGGUUUCUAGAGAAAUCCAGCGACUCCCGAGACAUACCUGAGGGCUCAAAAAUGGAGAUGCCACUUUGGCUGGCCAAGGGUCUGUAUGAAAGGAAGAGACGAGUGCUGUCUGUGGAGUUGCCAAAGGUGUAUCGUGAAGGCUGGAGAACAGUGUUUGGGGCUGAUCCCACUGUUGUAGACUUGUACAAAAUGGGGCCUUAUUACUAUGGUUUAGGUUCCCAGAUGCUGCAUUUUGAAAGUCCAGAAAAUCCAGAGAUCGCUAAUACCAUCCUCCAGACCUUCAUUGGUCGUUUCCGUCGGACUAUGGAUUCAUCCCAGAAUGCUUACAACGAGGACACAUCAGCGCUGGUGGAGCGUUUGGAUUACUUGGAAAGGAGCUUGUUUAAGGCAGGACAGAGUGGACUGAACAAUUUCCAACUGUGGGAAAAAGGUCGGUCCUCCCACCUCACUGCCUCUAGUCUAGUUAUCAACUACAGAAAGAGGAAAAUGACAGACCUACAGGCCUAAAAAACCAAAUGAUUGCCAAGACGGACUAAGAAGAGUUUCUUAUGAGUGCGUGAGAAAGUGGCCAGUGUGGAGGACUGUGUUAUGAGAAAGUUGUGUUAAACCCUCUGAUCUUUUACUGUAUUAUUUGUAAACAAUGUUAGUUUCAAAUUUGGCCAAUAAAUUAUUUUGAUAUCA